GAGCCUCUUGUGCUACAGUUUACUUUCCGCAACCCAGCGCGGCGUGCAACCUCUUUUCUUCCUCGUUGCUGUCUGAUUCUCCUCAUAAUCCCUUUAGUCAUUCAUUCAUCUAUCUAUCAACAACCCAUUAUCAAACCCCCAGUGCCUAUUCAAUUACUUUCUAGAUCUCUAUACACUUCGGUAUACGUUUCCCGGGCCUACAGCCUGACCAGUCGUCGAUAUGGCUGACGUGAUCUUCGGUGGCACAGAGGAGGAGAAUGCGGAAUUGAAGAAGCUGCACGCGGAGGUGCUAGAAGAUCCUGAUAAUUUCGAAAACUGGGAGAAGUUGAUUCGCGCCGCAGAGGGGCAGGAAGGGGGAAUCAAUCGCAAUUCUAAUCCCCAGGCUAUCACAGCUACGAGAGGCGUAUACGAUCGGUUUCUGGCCAAGUUUCCACUGUUGUUCGGAUACUGGAAAAAGUAUGCUGAUCUAGAGUUUUCAAUUGCCGGGACAGAAGCUGCAGAAAUGGUUUAUGAACGAGGUGUUGCGAGCAUUACGAAUUCCGUAGAUCUAUGGACCAACUACUGCGCUUUCAAAGUCGAAACUUCCCACGAUGCAGACAUUAUUCGAGAACUUUUUGAUAGGGGUGCGAGCUGCGUGGGGUUGGAUUUCCUAGCCCAUCCGUUCUGGGACAAGUACAUCGAGUUUGAGGAACGUCUUGAAGCUCAUGACAAGAUUUUCGCCAUAUUGGCGAAUGUGAUUGAAAUUCCCAUGCAUCAGUACGCAAGAUACUUUGAGCGCUAUCGCCAGAUGGCUCAAACCCGCCCCGUCUCUGAGUUAGUUCCACCCGAGCCAUUAAGCCAAUUUCGUGCAGAAGUGGACGGUGCAGUAGCUGGUAUUCCGCCAGGGUCGAAGAGUGAGGCAGAAAUAGAAAGAGAUCUUCGCCUUCGGAUCGACAGCUACCAUCUGGAAAUCUUUUCGAGAACGCAAACGGAAACCACUAAAAGAUGGACAUAUGAAUCUGAAAUAAAGCGACCUUAUUUUCACGUAACGGAGCUAGACGAAGCGCAGCUGUCUAACUGGAGGAAGUACCUUGACUUUGAAGAAGCUGACGGCUCGUUUUCGAGAAUUCAAUUUUUGUACGAGCGCUGCCUCGUUACAUGUGCACAUUAUGACGAAUUCUGGCUUCGAUAUGCUCGGUGGAUGCUAGCCCAAGAAGGCAAGGAAGAGGAAGUUCGCAAUAUAUACCAGCGUGCCAGCACAUUAUAUGUCCCCAUUUCGCGGCCUGAGGUCAGACUUCAUUAUGCGUAUUUCGAAGAAUUAUCUGGGCGCGUUGACGUUGCCAAAGAUAUUCAUUCCGCGAUUCUGGUGCCACUUCCUGGCCACAUUGAAACUAUUGUGUCGCUUGCGAACUUAUCACGUCGCCAUGGAGGCCUGGAGGCCGCGAUAGAGAUUUAUAAAUCUCAACUUGACGCUCCGCACUGCGACAUCCAAGCUAAAGCGGCGUUUGUGGCAGAAUGGGCGAAAUUGCUGUGGAAGAUUAAGGGGUCCCCGGAUGAUGCCCGCCAAGUAUUCCAGAAAAACCAGCAAUGGUACCCAGAUAGUCGUCCAUUCUGGACAAGCUAUCUUAUGUUCGAACUUGAACAGCCUACCAGUGCAGAAACCGAGGAUGUACAAUAUCAGCGAAUUAAGCAAGUGAUGAGCGAGAUUCGAUCGAAGAGCACCCUACAGCCUGCGGUUGUAAAAGAACUUGUCCAAAUUUAUAUGUUAUACUUGUUAGAACGAGGCUCGAAUGAAUCUGCAAGGGAGUAUAUGACUCUCGACCGCGAGGUCAAUGGUCCCCAAUCCGUGCAGGCAUUGAUGAAACCAUUAGCCGACAAGGAUAUCCAGGUUAAUAAAGCGCCAUCCAGCUCAAAUGGAAGUCAACCCCCACCAGCCACGGAACCAGUCAACCAGCAAGCUCAGGCUCCGCAAGGCAAACAGCAUCAUCAACCAACCGAGAGACCCAUUUCAUCUAAUGGGGGUGUAUAACACCCAUCACCCGCCUUGUUUUAAGCAUUUUCUCGGUUGUAUGUUGCUAUUUUCAAUAACCCCCGGCGCAAGUGGUACGAUUCUCUUGUGUUAUUAUCAUUUCGGAUUUGGUUCCUGCCUGGCACACAUUACUUCCCGUUUCUCUCCAUGUUAGUGGCAAAAGAUAUUGCAGAAAAAUUUCUCUAUUCACUUCUUAGACGCGUGGGCUCGGAGGCAAUUCUGUAGACAGCGGUUGCAGGGAUACCAUUAAUGGAUUUAAAUAAUGUACCGGGUGGUAUGAGAUGAUGGUCAGCUUUCGGGUACCUGCUCCAUUGCCUCCAUUUGAGGAUGCUCUCUGUUUCAAUGAUCGAAUGGAGGUGGAUGUAUUUUACUCUUCGUACCUUGUUUUUUAUGUCUUUUAUAUUUCUUUGUUAUUUUAUGCUGCUUGAUUUCUAAACAUGUUGUGAAGCUGAACUCUUUGAAGGAAAGGUACUCCUACAUUUCAUACCCUAGUUUGAAAUGUAGAAUAUUUGAAUGUUCUAACUAAGUUGAAUGAAAAUGAUUGCAAUUCACG